AUGAUAAUGAAAGUGUUUGUUGUUAUUGCAUUUCUCUCAUUGUCCAAUUCAAAAAGCAACUUUAUGCCCAACUUACCUUUGUUUGAUUUAAACGUUGCGUCUUGGGGUUCAAUUGGUGGUUGGAAACCAAACUCAAUAGUUUACAUAGCAAAAAAUGCAUGUAGUAGUUUUAAAAAAGUCCUAGGGAACGUAUGGUAUACAAUAAUAAAAGCAUUUAAUGUUACCAGUAACAACUGUCCAAUACAAGCGGGAACAUACAUGACAAAAGGCAUUGACUUGAAGGAAUUAGAUAAUUUGAACAUGCCCAAGGUGUAUUUUUAUGGGAAAUAUAAAGUUACGUAUAAGAUAAGAAAUGAAGAAAAAGAUGUUCUUGGUUGCAUCGUUUUGGAGAUAACACUGAUUCGGCCUUGGGAAAAACCAUUUUGAUUAAAUUAAAAAUAAAUUAUCACAAAAUAAUAUGAUGCUUUCUUAAUCAUAAUACGUUUAGUAUCUUUA